GGAGGUUUCGCUUCCGAUUAUUCCGGACAGACUUCUCAGUUUUAGCGGUCCAAUGCUAAACUGACGGAUCAGUCUCUUGCAACGUCGGAGCUACUUUGGAAUUUAACAGCUAUCCCGUUUCUGCUCUCAGCUUGUGCAGCUACUUUAGUUACCCUUUACCUGUGGUCAUGUUCUGUGCUACUUUUAUGGUAUCAUCGGGUAUCCAUAUGUCUUCCACCGUUAAAACGAUAAUACUGUCCUGCAGUACGUCAGCUAACUGGCUACUUGUAGCAGGCAGCCAGCACGUAAACACACGGCGACUACCUCAGUUCUGUCGCUGAAACGCGUUAGCUGCUAUGAUUUCCGCUUUGCGAGCGUGGCCAGGUCGCUAUAGUAACACCUGGGUUAGAAGCACGCACUUCAAAUGGGGUCUGAGCGUACGCAUCUCCCGGUGGCACGCGACAGAGAACUUAAUCAGGCUCAGACCCCCACACCCCGGCCCAGCACCCCACAUUUGGACACCCUCAGAACCAAGCGCCUGCAGUUCUUCAGCAAAUACGAGAGCGUCCAGAAAUCCAAAAGUACAGCUCCCCAUGCAGACGGGCCAAGCGACAAGCUGGUCUCUGUGUGCAACGACCCGGUCUCUGUGUGCGACGGGCCGGUCUCUGUGUGCGACGGGCCGGUCUCUGUGUGCAAUGGGCCUGUCUCUACGGACCCGGCCGCGGGCGUGGCAGAACUGGACCCCCUGCUGUUACGGGACUCCGGUGUGCCGGAACACCGGAAGCUUCGGCACGUGCUAGCCUGGGCUCAGAACUUCAUCAGAACCGGGCCCACGGACCCUCCUGCUGUGGGUCAGGGACGUGUGUCUCCCACAAACACCGACCGUGUGACAAAUGCAAAAUCCAGUCAUGUGACUCUUACCAACAGGGAAGAAUUACCCACCAGGCAGGUUCUCCAGUCCCCAGAAAUUUAUUUUUCACCCCAGUCCUGCACCCUCUCCCCACCCAGCUCUGAGCCUCAGUCCCAUCUUCAAUCCCAACCCUGCCUUGAGCCUGAUCCCCUGCCCCACCCCCUCUCCCAAACCUGCCUUGAGCCUGACCCCCUGACCUGCCCCCUCUCCCAGCCCUGCCCUGGGCCCCACCCCCUGCCCCGCCCCCUCUCCCAGCCCUGCCCUGAGCCCCACCCCCUGCCCCGCCCCCUCUCCCAGCCCCACCUCCCGUUACAGGCUGGAUCCAGCGUCUAUGAGACCUACCUCAUGUGUGUUGCUCGUUUGAGAUGCAAGGAGAUGCAGGGUCAUGAGGAGGUGCAGCUGGGCUGCGGGGAGACGCAGGGUCGUAAGGAGGCGCAGCUGAGCUACAAGGAGGCGCAGGGCCAUAAGGAGGCGCGGCUGGGAUGCAGGGAGACGCAGGGCCAUAAGGAGGUGCAGCUGGGCUGCAGGGAGACGCAGGGUUAUAAGGAGGUGCAGCUGGGAUGCAGGGAGAUGCAGGAACUUAAGGAGGCGCAGCUGGGCUGCAGGGAGGCACAGGGCCGUAAGGAGGCGCAGCUGGGCUGCAGGGAGACACAGGGCCAUAAGGAGGCGCAGCUGAGCUGCAGGGAGGCACAGGGCUUUAAGGAGGUGCAGCUGGGCUGCAGGGAGAUGCAGGGUCAUGAGGAGGCUCAGCUGAGCUUCAGGGAGGUGCAAGGCCGUAAGGAGGUGCUAGGCAAAGAGAGAGCAGGCAGACUACAAUCUCAGUGUGUUGACACCAGUGAUAACAGAUGUAUGAAUCUCACUAGAGUGAUUAAGGAUUUAAACAGCUCAAACUGUGAGAGGGGAGAGGGCAGGAGUCUGGCAGUGUGCACACUUUCACCUGUAUCUGUUCUGGAGGAGAUGCUUCCUUAUGCAGCUACACAUGUAAUUACACCUGCUGACCACACAACCACGGAACUACCCACAUACUCACCUACUGACCAAACAACCGCAGAACUACAUGCAAACACACCUGCUGAUCACACAAUCGCAGAGCUUCCCGCUAACACACCUCUUGACCACACAACUGCAGAACUACAUGCAAACACACCUGCUGUCUAUUCAACCAUGGAUUUACCUGCAGACACUCCUGCCGACCAUACAACCACGGAACUACCCACAUACUCACCUGACCAUACAACUACAGAUUUACCUGCAGACACAUCCGCUGACCACACAACCACAGAGCGACCUGCUAACACACCUGCUGACUGCACAACCACAGAGCGACCUGGUCCUGCCCCAGCAGAAGCCCCAGUGAGAGAGGCGCACUCAGGAGGGCAGGACGGGUGUCGCAGGGGUUCUGACGAAGGGAAGAAGCGGACCGUUGAAGGAAAGAAACCAGCAGGUUCCGCGCCCAGACGGGCCGUUAGCGCCGGCUCCUCACGCCGCCGGAGGUUCUGGGAAAAGUCCAGCAUGCUGUGGUCAUCCUACCCCGAGUGGACACUGCUGCCGAGUAUGAAAUCGUCCAAUCGGCCGGCGGCCACCUCUUCCUCUGUGGCUGACUGCCCUCCCCAGGACUCCGCCCUCAGCCCAGACCCCAGCCUUCUGAAAGACAGCAUUCGUCCUCCGCAUCAUCACGGGCAGCCAGGGGGCACUGUCUUCGAACAGUGGCUGUCUCUUCCUGAUGAGCUGUGGAUGGGCAUCCUGAAGCUGAUGUCCCAUGGUGACCUGUGCCACGUAGCGCAAACCUGCCAUCGCCUGUGCAGACUGGCCAAUGACAGAACACUGUGGCAGGUGGUGAGGAUUGAGAACAGCACGUGUCUGAAUGCCGAUUGGCUGAGCAGCAUAGGGAGGCGUGGCCCUGGCAGCCUGACCCUGUACAGGUGCACGGACAAGCAUGUCACUGCGCGAGGCCUGGAGGAGCUGUUCGCCCAAUCCGGUGGCUCCCUGAGGAAGCUGCGCAUUGUGAGCUGCAGCGGACCCGGUCUCCAUGGAGACAAGCUGCUGCUCCCCUGCAGCCGGCACUGCGCUCGCCUGACCGACGUGGACGUGAGCUGGACCGGCGCCACGGAUACCGGCGUCGCUGCGCUCGCUAGCGCCACCAGCAGGCAAGGCCUGUGUACAGCGCAAGCACUGAACACACUAACACACGUGACUGCAGGGUCAUCUUUCUUCCCUUGCAGUCUGGAGAGCGUGGUAAUCAAUGGAUGCAACAUAACCGACAGGGUCUUUAAAAUUAUCGCCAAAAGACAUGGAGGAAGCCUCCGCAGGUUAGAGGUUUUCGGGUGCCGGGGUCUCAGUGCCCCGUCUCUGAGCGCCAUGGCGACGGAUUGCCCCGACCUGAAAGCGUUGAACCUCGGGAAGCUUCCGAAGAUCACGGAGGCGUGUCUGACCUUCAUCACCGGCCGGCUCAGGCGGCUGACCUCCCUCGACCUGACGGGACUGGCUGUGGUGCGAGAUCACACCGUGCACCUGAUAGCGCGUCAGUGCCCCGAGCUCCAGGACCUCACGCUCCGCAGCUGCCCCUCCGUCACCGACCGCAGCCUGAUCGAGAUUAGCACCUACAGCGCCUCCAUCAGAUACCUGGAUGUGAGUGGCUGUUCAGCUGUGACAGAUUUGGGGAUUCAGGCGAUUUCCAUGGCCUGCCAGUGUCUUCAGUACCUGGACCUCAGCUCCACCAAAACCAGCAACAAAGGAGUCCGUCUCCUGGCCAGUUACGGCUCCAGGCAGCUGCACACAGUCAAACUCAGCUUCUGCUACAUCUGCCAGGACUCCCUCCGGAAACUGUGCCGAUACCACCGAGGGCUGCGGCUUCUCCAUCUCUAUGGUGCCUGCGACUUCCACAACGUCCAGGAGCUCCGACGCAUCAGCCCCAGCCUGGAGGCCAAGUGCGACCUCACCUGCGCGACCCCACCUGGGCGGCCUCAUUAACUGCACACCUGGACCGCAUUAACCCGGUCACCUGUCAUUCAGUCGGUCAUUAAGCCCGAACACACCAGAGUAUUUAAAUACUGCACCUGUCGUUUGUGUGGUUCAGUACUGUACUGGUCAUUUGUAUAUAAAUAGACUUAGAAUUAAAACGCUUGUAUAAAGUCUUCACUCUGGUAGUUGUUUGAUAAAAAAAGCCAAAUAAUUAUAAUUGUAAGAAAACUGUUGAAAUAACAUUGUAACGUUAUUUUAAAUUUAUGUAAAUAAUCAAAUCCAAAAUCUGUAAAUGUUUGUGUUUUAUUUUUAGUUAACUAUUAAAAUAGUUUGCCUCUAUUCUGGGGUUAGUCUAAAACCUUUAGAUUACACAAAUAUUGACCUCCAGCAUUAGCGCUUCAGAUAAACUUAGAGUGGGAAUUCUGAGGAGUAUUAAGUGUAUGUGACUCAAAUGAAAGACACGAGUCAAUCAAUAACUCGGGUUACAUCCGGAUGUGCUGCCGGUGGCCAUUCUGACCAAGGUGAAAGAAAAUGAGGAAAUUAUUACAGAAGAAACAAGCGUCUUGUGUAAUCACCGGCGCACUUCUUUAAACUGUAAGCUAUUAAACUACGAAGCUAUUAAACUGUAAGCCUAA